CUCACCCGGGGCGGAGCUGCUGCUGCGGCGGGGCCGGGCCGGGAGAGGCGGCAGCGCGGAGUUGAGGGGUUCGGCUGGUGGGGGCUGAGAUGCUGCCCACUUGCCGCUGAAACCUCCUAAAAGAUUCAGUUAGAAACCGGAUUAAGUAUUAAGGCCGGAGACCAUCUGCGAGCUCAGCCAGUAAAUCCCUGGAGCAGCACGGUGGGUGCUUGGGGAGCGUUUCAAGGCUAUUUUGAUGCCAGAAGAACACAGUCAAACUAUAAUGGCAAUUGAUGAACUUCAAGCCAUAAUACAAAGAUGUCAAAUUCUGGAAGAAGCUGAUUUCAAAGGAGAAGAUUUUAAUCUGUUUCAGGUAGCAGGUCAGAAGUGUUUGGAAGAUGGAUAUGCAGCUCAGUUAUUAGAAGUAAUUCAAAAUGAGAAAAACAAGGUUGUCAUCAAGAAUAUGGGUUGGAAUCUCAUUUCUCCUCUUGUUAGAUGUAUUUUCAUGUACAAACAAGAAGAUGAUAAGCGAGAAAGCUGCCUGAGGAUACUAGAUCAGUUGGCACAGCUCUGCAAUCCAAAGGAACUUUUUUUAGGUUUACUUGAGCAGAUUGAGCAGACCUCUGGAGAGCAAGUGUGCCAAACUGUCAUGUUAUUGCUUCAGCCUUUGCAGACAGUGCUUUUGAAACUUCAGAACAAGAAAGCCUACUCAGUGGGUUUGUCAUUGGCCAUGAUUAUGAAUCAGCUUACUCCCUUACCUGUACCUUAUACGAAACAACAAAUACAAGAAGAUAAACUUGGUCUCUGUCAAUGUUGUAAUGCAGUGGUGGACUUUGCUAAACCUUUUGUGAAUGAAGUUGUUAAAAAUAUGGAAAAGUCAUCAGAAUACAAUGACAUGGAGCUGAAAGAAGAAUUAAUAAAAUUCUGUAUGAAAAGCCUGAAGUACCCAUUAUUGACAGCUCAGCUUGAACAACUUGAAGGCAUUGAAGAACAUCCUUUUCGGCAUUUUGCAACUGAAAUUAUAAACAUUUUGUGGAAUAUAAGAGAAUUGAUACCAUUAGUGUUUGUACCUAAUAAAGGCAAAAGUCCGCCCUGGGAGAAUCCGGAGUUUGCAGACAUAGAGCGAAAGAAUUCCACUGAUUCUUUGGCAUGUCUGUCUUAUCUGGUGUUUGUUCAGCAUUUUGGUGUUGAAUGCUUUCCAAUGGUUUUUAGUCCUUCAUACCUUCUGCUGUGCAAUAUGACACAUAUUGAAGUGCUGCUGAAAAGAACAGAAGAAUCUGUAUUAUCUAAAGGACUUGAUCUGUUUGAGAGCUGUUUAUUGAGAAUGGAAGAUAACAGCCUUCUCCAUCCCUAUUUAGAAUUCAGAGUCUUUAUUAAUGUACCUCAGGAUUUGGUAAAAAUUAUGACCCUUUGCCCCAUGGAGAAUAUGAGAAAGAAGAGUUUAAAUAUUUUGCAGUUGUUCAUAGACAAGUUUGACACAGAGGGAAAAUACACAUUAUUCAGGUGUUUACUGAAGACAAGCAACCAUGCUGGUGUGGAAGGAUACAUUAUUAAAAAUAUAAAAGAUCAGAUUCACAUAGCGUUAACGAAGGAAUAUGACAACGUUUGGUUUACAGGACAUCACCUGAUCUCCCUUCUAGAUUUAGUACUUUCACUUCCAGAAGGUGCUGAGACUGAUCUUCUGCAAAACUCAGACAGGAUUAUGGCAUCACUAAAUCUGCUGAGAUACUUAGUCAUUAAGGAUUGUGAAAGUGAUAAUCAAACUGGUGUAUGGACCACACUUGGCAAGAUAAAGCAGAAUUUCUUAAAGCCACUGCGUGUAGGACUCAAUAUGUCAAAAGCACAUUAUGAAGCAGAAAUAAAAAAUCAGAAAGAAAACAGAAAAGAGGCACACAGUUCUAACUCAGUUUGCUCUGUAACUGUUAGUGGGGAAAAGAUGCCUGCCAUGACUACAGGAAUGCAGCUUCAAGUUUUACACUCAGCUCUCUUCACAUUUGACUUAAUAGAAAGUGUUCUAGCUCGAGUAGAAGAACUCAUUGAAGGGAAAACAAAAGCUGUAAUGGAGGAAAAUAGUUAAGUCAGCUGAAGUGUUUGAAUUAACAUACUCCUUACAAGAUCAUUUGGACUAUGAGACUUCAGUUGCAAGGGAGGCUACCACCCUUUAUAGACGAGCAAUUUAGAGUGGCCUCCAGAAUUGCAAAUGCUGUUCUUCAUAAGUCUUGUUGCUGUUCUUGUUUAUUUUCUUUUGCUCUUGUUGCAUGUGAUUUGCAGAUACAGUCUAUUUACUUCUCUUCAGAAUGUGAUGCUUUUUCUUAAGUUUAGGAACUAAAAACAGGGCAGGGGUGUGUUCUUCUCUGUGGCAAGGAGGUAUGGCUAGGCAUUUAUUUUUUUUUAUUUUCAGAAUUUGUUAGGUAAUAGUUGCUGACUGGUGUUGUGAAUUACAAAGAUUUUUAUCAAGUGACUGAAGAACCAUUAAUUAAAAAGCCGUGUUUAAGCAGAAGGUAUUUUUAUUAGCACAUUUUAAUGUUGACAAACAAGCUUCUAUAUUUGCAAACAGGACUGUAAGGUACAGAUAGAUAACAAUAUAUUCUAUACUAUCUAUAAAUAGUAAAAAACACUGUGGCAAAGGAAACCAGGUUUAAAGAAAAACACAUCAACUUUGAGCCAAAUAAGAUUUUAAAACUGAGUAACAUAACAGAUAACCCUUGUGUUUAAAAAACAGCGUAAAGUUUCAUACAUACAGCUGCUUAUUUUAGGGAUACCUGUGUUGUGGAAUUGUUCUGAUUAUCCUUAUCUUGAAUCAUACAGUUUUCCUUAAGAUAUAGUAAAUAUUUUGGGGAAUUAUUUAUAAACAGAUGAGCCUCUAAGUUCAGAACCAAGUUAAAAGUAAGGAUGGCUUUUCUAUAGUGCAGCUAAACCACUUCUUCUCCCCCCGCCCAGUACAUUUGGUAUCAAGUAUGCUAUUUUUCACUGUAUAGUUAUUUAAUAUGAAUUUUCAUUCCAAAUGCAUAUGUUGUAUGUAGUCUUUUGAAAUGUAACUAUAUUUUUAAGAACAUUUUAUAUUUUGUUUAAAAUGUAGCAACUUUAUUUAUGAAUAAAAAACCCAAAUACUAAGUUAAUUACAGUGGAAUUGGUACUCCUGAAGCAUCUUCCAAACUGGACUUUUUUCUAUUAUUUGGGCUUUUGUCAUUUCCAUUUUGCAACGAGUAUCAUCUGCUUGUGGCUUGGAAGUUAUCUUGGAGAAAAGAAAAAUAUUAUGAGUAGGACACAGUGAAUUUUAGGUAAUAGAAUAUUCAACAUUUUCUUUUUCCAGUAGUAGGAAUGCAGAAUUAUUCAUCAGUGAAAUUUGAAUCGUGUUCUGAAGUAGGUGUUCAGGAAUGAUGUACACAGAGGUGAUAGUAUUUCAACAGGAGUUAGCAGUAAAUGAAGACAUCCUAAUUUAACAAUGGUAAAUAACAGCCAAACAAGCCCUUAAGUAUCUGUUUUCUUAGAUGCUAUUAAGAGCUAUUAAGUUACCUCUAACAGUAGUUUAAAGACUCAGCUAAUGCAUCAGAGUACCAGUCCUACCUCAGUGUAUUAAUGGAUUGUGGUCAGUAUAACCCAAAAAGUUCCAUUAAGGAAAACCAAAUAUUUUACAGUUCUUGGCUUUUCCUGAGUAAUACACUCAUAUUUUUAAGUAUAUGCAACUGGACUUACCUUAGCCAUAGUUAGCAUUAAUUUAACAGUUUCAGCAGGAUUGUGAACUGGUAUUACACGUAAGUUACUGCCCAGGAAUCUGCGCAUCAAAAUAAGUAAGAUUACUUUUAGAAUAUGUAUUUAAUUUGUUAUGCCAUAAAACUCAAACAGCAUUCCCACAUGAUGUAAACAGCUUUUUAGUGUGCAGUUUUACUUAGGGAGAAGAGUGCUUUUAUCUUGAAAGGGCAAGUGGAGCAUUCAUGCUGUUUGUAAAGCCAUCUGUCCCAUUUCUGUAGCACUUAGGUGGGAUUUGGAAGGGCUCAUUUCUUUAUCUAGGUCUCUUCAACAAUCAAUCAGCAUUUCUUAAGCAUGCGUACGUUCAGAGAGAGCUAAACCCUCUUCUGUGAUAUUGCUGAAAACUCUUCUCAGUGGCAGUAAAAAAUAUUCAGGUUGUUUUUAUGGCUUUGGAAGAACACAGCAAAGUAUCUAAAAACACUGUGCUAAAAGUAUUUCAGAAUUUGAACUAAAUCUUUGUACUGUACUAUAAAUAAAACAACCUGUAUUCCAGGCAUGAUUAAGAUAAUGGGAUAAUUCCACUACUUUCAUGUAAAGGCUUGUUCACUCAAAUACUUCAACCUAAAAUUAAUUCUUUCUAUAAAUACUGUUACUCAUAUGCAUUCAUUCUUGAGAAUGGAAUCUGAAGAUUCAAAAUAGUAACAUGAGUUGUCAUUCAGUGCGGUUAUGGAAGAGAGAGAUCAAAGCUUAGGCAAGCACAGAGCCUCUCCCUCAGCCUUGCACCUUAAGUGUGUUGGAACAAUGACAGCGUUGCCUUUGCUGCUGUUUUCUGUUGUAGAGCUAAAACAGGAGAGGGACUUCACAACAAAGAAUGAGGAAUUUUAAAUAACUAAAAUGAAUUUAAAUAAUGCAGAUGAAGUGCCCAGCUGCUCACUUGCAUAGUCCCCUGUGACCUCCCCUUGUGCCUACCACCUGUUCUUCCCUGCAAUCUGUCUGAUAACUUGGACUCAUUCACAUUAAGACCUCAUGCUGGUAAGGUAUCUCAGCUGAACUUGUCUCCCCUUGCCUCUAAUUAGCAAAAAUAAAUGUUACAGGUACUGUCCUUCUCUAAGCAUAGGCACUCGGGUCCCUGGUGGGUUUUGCUAAAAGGUGAUGUAGGAACAAGGGUUGGGUUUACAUUUACAGAUCGGGGAAAAAAAUUGAUGCAGUUUUGCUAAUACUAGAAUGGGCUAAACAAAGCAUGAAUGAACAAUGUGCAACAAGGAAAACAAUUACAUGUACUUACCUAGAUCCAACCUGUUUCUAUAAACAGUUUUGCUUCCAAUAACAGCAGGACUAAAUUUAGUUUUAUUAAUUUGAUUGAUGGACAGAAUACUGGCAUUUGAACAUGUCUGGCCUUUCCUCCAAGGUGUUUAAAACUUCACAUACAGAUGUACUGGGGUUAUUAGUGGAAUGCUCAUUUAAGCUAUGAUGAUAAACACUACUUUUCUCCUGCUUCCCCCAUGCUGUACACAACCCUACAUAAAAUGUUCAUGUUGUUAACAAGAAUCCUGGAAUUUUCUGAUUAAUAAUAAUAAAAAAAAUUCCUUCCCUAAUUGCAGCAAACCCAUAGAUAGAUAAGCAGAAAGACAUAGUAAUAGAAGACAACCUGACAAUUACUAAGGGGCUUUGUUUUUUAACAAAUCCAACAGGUGGCUUGUAGUUUCAAAGAAGCUCAGUCAGUGAUUUACAAACAACAGCAGAACUCCAAGUUGCCAGGUAGUAAAAAAAGCACAUGAAUUUAAAUAUAUAUAUAUAUAAUUCUGCCUUGUCAACAUCAAUUUGAUAUUGCUCGGAAUGACAAAAUAUUUAUUUUAAUAAAAUCACAUAAUAAAUUUUGGAAUACAGCUCCAAAAUACAAUGCACAAAAUCCACUGUUACAUAAGCACAAAGUAAAUUGAGAAUUAGCAUUGCCAUCAGCUAAAUAACGUGGUCCUGCUGAAUGGUGGCUGAACUUUUAAAACCUCAUAAAAAUUUACAGCGUUUUCAAAAAUGGGUAAUAGAUUUCUUACAUUUAAUCUCAUACACUCUUUCAUGCAUCAGCAUUUGGAAGUAUGCCCAGGAUUUAAUGAAACUGGUGCCAGUUACCUCAAGGAGGUAAAGAUCAAAGACUUCAUCAGAAUAGUCACUUCUGUGAGGCCAAGAGUGACAAUCAGCUGCAGUUAGGGCUACUGUACCUACAAGAAAAUAGUUCUGACUACAAGCAUGGAGCAUAAUCUGAUUGCUGUUGUCAGCAGGUGUGUACUAAAAUAUGCAAGUUUUCAGACUCUAUUAGAAAUUAGAGAUAAGUUUUAAAUAAACCAGUUUUAAUGUUGUUUUAUACUUUUGGUGUAAAAUAACAUUAAUUAUUUAAUUGUUCUAGGCAAUUUUAAUAGACACUGUUCCAAGUAAACAUUUUAAAAGCUGGUAAAAAAUCUGCACUUUACAAUAAAGCCUUUUCUCAUGAUGUAAACUUGCCUGUUCUGUUUUGAAAAUGACCAUGAAAAUAUGGUUACAGAGCUAAGAAAAUUGUGUAAUUUUCCAAUUCAAGAGAAAACUUGAAAAAGAAUUAUAUUACAUAGCCCUAAAAUGAUUGAAAAAGGAAGCAUAUUUGCUAUGUUUAGAGGAACAUCCUCUUUUGUUACCUAUGAUAUGUCAGAUUGAUUCACUUGGUAUUCUUUUUAUUUGCUAUUAAUAAACAAAUGCUUUAAAUAUU